AUGGCUGGCCCUCAGCAAUUGCCCAAGGGCGCUUUGUACCGGGCUCCCCCGGUCUACCGAUUUGUCGGCACGGCGCUGGGCGCAAGCAUGUGGUUCUUCCUCAUGUACAGGGCAAAGAAGGACGGCCCCGUGCUCCUGGGCUGGAAGCAUCCGUGGGACCACUGA